AUGGGACAUGUUAGAGUAUAUUCAAUAUCUGACUCUAUAGCAAGGAUACAAAAAUUACAAGGCAAAAAUGUUAUACAUCCAAUUGGCUGGGAUGCAUUUGGCUUGCCAGCUGAGAAUGCAGCUAUAGAACGCAACAUCUUGCCUCAGAAAUGGACAGAUUCAAAUAUCAAGACAAUGAAAAAUCAGUUAUUACAACUUGGAUUAAAUUUUGAUUGGGAUAGAGAAAUUAGCACAUGUAGUCCAGAUUACUAUAAAUGGACUCAGUACAUAUUUUUAAAGUUAUUUGAAAAUGACUUGGCAUACCAAAGUAAGGCAAAAGUGAAUUGGGAUCCUGUGGACAAUACAGUACUUGCAGAUGAACAAGUUGAUGACAAUGGUUGUUCAUGGAGGUCUGGUGCUAAAGUUGAGAAAAAAACUUUAACCCAAUGGUUUAUUAAAACCACUAAGUAUGCCAAACAACUAUAUGAUGGCUUAAGUAGUGAUUCUUUAGAGAAUUGGAAAGAUAUUAUCAAUCUACAGAAGCACUGGAUAGGAGAAUGUGAUGGUGUAGUUGUUAGCUUUAACAUAAAAAUUAAAAAUAAAGUUCAGCACAUAGAGAUAUGGUCUUCAGAACCCUACAAAUUCAUUCAUGGUGAUUACAUAUUUAUAAAGAAAGAUAACACAAUGUUACAAGAGUUAAGUCAUGAUGAAAUAAAUAAUCUAAAGUGUUAUAACCCAGUAUCAGAAAAGGAAAUAUCUGUUUAUGUAAGUGAUGAUGUAAACUAUCCCGAGGGUAGAGAUGUGUAUAUAGCCAGCCCCGCAGUGGAUGCUGAUGAUUACAAGCUAAUCAAAUCUCUAAACAUACCAUUAGAUAUUCAAAGAAUUAAUAUUGAUUAUAAUACAGAAAAUAAAAAAGGAAUAGAACUAGCGCAAAGUAAAAAAGUCGGUGGUUAUUAUUCAAGUUCAAAAUUAAAAGAUUGGCUCAUAUCCAGACAGAGGUAUUGGGGAACACCGAUACCUAUUAUACAUUGUCCAUCUUGUGGUGCUGUACCUGUACCUUAUGAAGACUUACCAGUUGUUUUACCUGAAAAGAAAACUGAUGAAUCCUCAUUAAAUCUGUCAAGUAUUGAGUCAUGGGUGAAUUGUAAAUGUCCACAAUGCUCGGGCAAUGCUAGAAGGGAAUGUGACACAAUGGACACAUUUGUAGAUUCUUCCUGGUACUAUUAUAGGUACCUAGACCCACAAAAUAAAGAAGCGCCAUUUAAUAUAGAGUCCUUGGCUGGGGUUACCCCUGUAAAUUGUUAUAUUGGUGGUAAAGAACAUGCCGUACUCCACCUUUAUUAUGCUCGUUUUAUGAGUUAUUUUUUACACUCAAUAGGUCUGACUCCCACACAAGAACCUUUCAAAAAACUUUUAGUCCAAGGUAUGAUUAUGGGACAGUCUUAUAAAGUAAAAUCUACAGGAAAAUAUAUAAAAUCUGAGGAUGUUGAACAGGUUGGUAAAGGAUAUAAAGAAAAAGCAACAGGAGAGACCGUGUUAGCUCAAUGGGAGAAGAUGAGCAAGUCUAAAUUCAAUGGAGAAAAUCCUCAAAGAUUAUUAACGGAAUAUGGAUGUGACACCACCAGAUUAUUAAUACUUUCCGAUGUUCCUCCUGAAACAAGCAGGAAGUGGUCGGAUGCCACCCUUCCUGGAGCUUUAAAUUGGCAGCAUAGAUUGUGGAGGACUAUUAGAGAAUUUUUAAAACACCGAAAUAAUCCUGAACUAUUUAAUAACACUAGCCUGAGCAGCCAAGUAGAGGAAUUCGAUACAAAGACAUGGAAUUCAAGAAAUUAUUUCAUUGCUACAGCAACAUAUCAUUUCUUGCAUACACAAAAACUUAGUGUAGGAAUAUCGAGACUGCAAAGUUUGACGGCGAUUUUGAGGAAUAAUGUACCACCAGCAGUUGUGGCUAACAGCAAAGAGUAUGAGUUAGCUCUAGCAAAUCUAAUUGUCAUGUUAUCACCUAUAACACCACAUUUCUGUUCGGAACUUUGGUCAGGGUUCCUCUCAGCGCCACACAGGCUCUCAAAUAAUAUAGAUGCAAUCGAUUGGAAUAAAGAAGUUCUCCAACAAAAGUGGCCCAAAGUAGAUUCUAAGUAUCCAUUAUCUUUUCUAUGCAAGGUCGAUGGAGCUGAUCGAUGUGAUUUAAAAAUUAUAGGAAACGAAUUAAAUAAUAUGACAGAAGCAAAAGCCCUAGAAAUUAUGCUUAAAGAAAAACUUGUAAGCGACAGAAUUAAGACUGACAUAAUUAAAACUAAAUAUGAAUUAUACCCCGAUUGUCGUGCGAUAUUACACAUAUUUACGGAAAGAUCAGCGAAGGUCAAGAAAAAUAAGAAAGACGAGGAAUUAAAGAGAUCUCAAGCAUAA